AAAAAGAGAGACAAAGCUGAAAAUGAAAUAUUUCUUUGGACUGAUGAGGGCAGGAGAGGCAGGAUGUGGCAUCACCCUGCGCUCUGAGUGACUGUGGGCAGUGCCGAGCUGCUGGGGACAACCGGUGGUCGCUUCCUCCCUCAAGCCGCUAUUCUCCUCCAUAAUGCUUAUCAAAUAAUUUUUAUUUCAUUUUUCACGUGCCUGUCUGCCUUCAACUUCUAUCUUUGACUCCCGAAGUCUCUAAAUUAGGAAAAUAAAAGAUAGAAUCUAAAAAAACAAAAAUAGGAAGGGGGGAGGAGGAGGGAGGUGGAAAGAAGAAGGAUUAGGGCCCCCACGGAGCCGCCUAUAUGAAGAUGCUGAUGUGUGACCGCGGCGUCCAGAUGCUCGUGACGACGGUGGGCGCGUUCGCCGCCUUCAGCCUCAUGACCAUCGCCGUCGGCACGGACUACUGGCUGUACUCGCGCGGGGUUUGCCGCGUGAAGAGCAGCGGCGACAACGACACGAGCCGCAAGAACGAGGAGGUGAUGACGCACUCCGGCCUCUGGCGAACCUGCUGUCUGGAAGGGACAUUCAGAGGUGUAUGUAAGAAGAUUGAUCACUUUCCAGAGGAUGCUGACUAUGAAGCGGAUGCUGCUGAAUACCUCCUACGUGCCGUCAGAGCCUCCAGUAUCUUCCCCAUCAUGAGUGUUGGUCUGUUGUUUCUGGGGGGGCUCUGUGUGGCUGCCAGUGAGUUUUACCGGAGCCGACACAAUGUCAUCCUCAGUGCAGGAAUCUUCUUCGUAUCUGCAGGACUCAGUAACAUCAUUGGAAUUAUUGUUUACAUCUCAGCCAAUUCUGGAGACCCCGGUCAAAGCGACAGCAAGAAGUCCUACUCGUAUGGCUGGUCCUUCUACUUCGGCGCCUUGUCCUUCAUCAUGGCUGAAAUGGUAGGCGUGUUAGCGGUGCACAUGUUUAUCGAGAAGCACCGUAAGCUGCGCGCCAAGUCCCGCACUGAGCUCAUAAAGAAGUCCGCAUUCAGCCGCAUUCCUUCCUACCGUUACCGAUUCCGGCGCCGCUCAAGCAUGCGUUCCUCCGAGGCUCCCAGCCGAGACACAUCACCGCUGGGGAAGGGUGGCUACACUGGGCCGGCUGCCUCAGAGAUGCCCAUGUACACGCUGAACCCAAGAGAAGUGGGUAAUGCAGGCAGCAAACCAGGUGGCGGCAUGGGUGGGCUGCUCAACUCAGAGAGGGAGUUCCUCCAGAGCAGCACGCUAACUAAAGACUACAACAAGGACCCCAACCGCAGGACCACGCCAGUCUGAGGGAACCUGGCCGAAGAUAUCAUCCCAUCAGAGAAUCUAAUAGAGGGAGGAGGAGAGGAGAAACAUACUGGAUAUCCAAGCAAACAAAGGGAAUAGGAAGGGAUAUGGGGUCAUGAAGGGGUUGGUUAAUUUUGACUGUGAACUUUUAGCCUUUGAACUGUGAAUCCUUUGCCCUCCGAGAGGUUCUCCAGGUGUAUCGAAUGGGUUUGGAGGGAGAAGUUGUUUUCAACUCCACGUAUACCUGACAUCCAUAACCGCUUAUAAAUGACAGCAACUGUAAUCUGGGUUCAUAAUUUUCAUGUCAUUAACUGACACAUUUUUAAGGUGAACAACAGACUGACGUUGAGGUUACUGGUUUGGUGCAACUUCUCCUGAGAAAACGCAACCAAUGUGAAAUAUAGGAGGAGACCAAAAAGAAGAGAAAAUGUAAUAUGUUGUCUUUAGACCUCUCUCCUCUUGUGCUUUUGGGUAGAAAUGGGGGUGUAUUAAUGAAGGGAACCAGUCACUUUCCAAAUAGGGUAAUUAAGGGGAGAAAGUUCAACUUAUCAUGAGGCUAAAUUCAAUGUUAUUUUGGCUGCUUUCAGAAAACAAAAGGGAAUAUGUGGCAUUAUUGUUUAUUUCUACAUUUCUUUACUGGUUUCGUAUCAACUGACCUCAAAGGGAACUGAAACUGAAUUGGGCUGAUUCCAAACCAGAUUAUUCAAUGCUGGCUGCAGAUCAGCUGUUGGAGGGCGAGUAGAAAAGCUAAUGCUCAAUCCAUUGGUGCUUCCUCUCAACUGUGUUUUUCUGCCACUUCUUGAUUUAUUUUUUACCUAAAACUUCAAGACGACCAGACAUCUGUCCGUUUGCCUUCACAAAUCACCUUUUCGCCUUCCAUGUUUUUCCCUGUAGCUCCAUACUUCACCUCACUGACACCCUCUUUGCACAUCCCCUCACCCUACCUUCCCUGUACUUAAAAACAGUAGAUUUAGCUUCUGUCUUCCUUGUAGAGUAGUUAGGGGUUUUGGGUGUUAUUAUUUCAAGGUAAAGUGAGGGAAGGAGUCAGGUAUAAGGGAGACCGCUGAGCUGUGAAAUAUACAUUAAGGCAGUGCCAAAAAAAGCACUUAAAUAACAAGAAAUGGACUUUUUGUGUCUGCCCGCUACCUCUUGAUAAACAUAUUUCAGACUAAUUUAAUGUGAAGUUGUUUCUGAUUGCUCGGACAACUGUCCAAACUUAAACUGCUAAAGAGACUAAAUGCUCCAUUAGUUGAAGGAGGAGUCCCUCCAAAGGGGGGGUUCUUAUCGGUAAAGUGCUUGGCAUUAUUUAAAAGGCUUUUAAAUGUAACUAUUUGAAUUUGCAGCAGCAUAAUCCCAUUUUGCAAGUUUUAUAAAAAGCCAACUUUUAUUUUGAAUAUAUUUACUUAUUGGGAAAUGAUCCUAAUGGCUCAGUUAUUGGUAUUUAACUAGUAAUUUUUUUAAGUUGAUCAGAGUUCCUAAGAACUUCUCCGGAACUUUUUUGUGUAGUGAUGAUAUAACACAAUUGUCUGUUUUUUUUAUUUUUUUUAUUUAAACUACUAAACUCUGG